GAGGGCAUCAUAUAAGUCGGCUGCCCCUCCCCCCAUGUUAAUGUUUUUCAUUUUUGAAUACUGACAAUUCUUCCCACUAUCGUCAAUUCCGACAUCAUCGCUGGGUCGCCUGUCUAACUGCCAAAAGUGUGUAAGUCGCAUCACUCUCCACUGUCACCUACCGAGCCCAAUCCCAUCCACUGUAUUUGCUCUUCAACGGCGCCGCUGUGUCGGCGCCCCCACUUUACCACCGAGCAGACGCUCAACAACGUCAGAGAGCUCCCGCUAGCUACCUCGAGUGAGCUUGCUGGGGGAGCGAUUUUCUGGACAAAGUCUUGGUCUGACGAGGAUGUGUGAACCGGGCUGUCCUAUAGCGGAGACGAGGUGGGCAACAUGAUAGAGUCAAGAGUCGUGAGAGGAAGAGACAGUAGCGCAGAGGCCGAGAGAAGGCCAGAGAAGACAUAUCGGCCGCGGAGCCACCGGAGAGCCACCGGGCAUCGGAGCAGCCGUAAGGGCCCUGAGACUCGAGAGCCUGAAAUGGGUUGAGGUGUGCGGUGAACGAGAUUGAGCGUUUCCGGAUGAGGCGACUAUCUCAAUCGUCUCACUGGAUGGCGCGGUGAAUCGUUCAACAGUCUCAGCCCAUUCAACAGCUCUAAAGCCUCACGGAACUCAAUUUACGGCCCGUGAGUAUCAGACGAUUCGCGACGUAUCUUCGUUCUCGCCAAUCGAGGAGCAGCAUGCUGCAAGAUGCAUUAGACGAGUGUUCCUGGCGAGAUGAGAAAAAGAUUCGCGGUCUUAUCAUGGCCUCUCUUUAUGCCUCACCGACACAGCUGUUGGAUGUUGUAAACAGCUCAUGGCCUCAAUCUGAUGAACUCAUUCUGGCCCGCACAGAGCAGCUCUCGGCAAGAGCGUCAGAAUUGCCCCUCCUGCCCCUCCAAAACGCCGUAACUGCCACUCUACCCCUUGCCGUGUUCUUUAAUUACGCAGCUCUGUUUUGCUUUAAUUUAUCGAUAAGGACCAAACAGAGUUGGAUUGAAAACCCCGCUAUACCCCCCUCCUUCGUCAUUGCUCUGCUCCUCUUCAUUCAUAACUGACAAACUUUCUUGCUCAAUAGACUUUUUCCUUCUACAUCUUUCAUCUCAACCUACAUUUUCUAUCCAACCUAAGCUUCACAAACAGCAACAAUGGGUGUCCAAGAAGUCCUUAGCCGCAAGACUGGUGUCAUCGUCGGUGACGAUGUCCUCCGUCUCUUCGAGUACGCUCGCGAGCACAAGUUCGCCAUUCCCGCCAUUAACGUCACCUCUUCCUCCACCGUCGUUGCUGCCCUCGAGGCCGCCCGCGACAACAAGGCUCCUGUCAUCCUCCAGUUCUCUCAGGGUGGUGCCGCCUACUUCGCUGGCAAGGGUGUGAGCAACACCGACCAGGCCGCUUCCAUUGCUGGCUCCAUCGCCGCUGCCCACUACGUCCGCUCGCUCGCUCCCACCUACGGCAUCCCCGUCGUCCUUCACACCGACCACUGCGCCAAGAAGCUCCUCCCUUGGCUCGAUGGCAUGCUCGAUGCCGACGAGGCUUACUUCAAGGAGAAGGGUGAGCCCCUCUUCUCCUCUCACAUGAUCGAUCUCUCUGAGGAGCCUGUCGAGUGGAACAUUGAGACCACCGCCAAGUACCUCAAGCGCGCUGCCCCCAUGAAGCAGUGGCUCGAGAUGGAGAUUGGUAUCACCGGUGGUGAGGAGGAUGGUGUCAACAACGAGGAUGUUGACAACAACUCUCUCUACACCCAGCCUGAGGAUAUCCUCAACAUCUACAACACUCUCUCCCCCAUCUCCCCCUACUUCUCUAUCGCCGCUGGCUUCGGUAACGUCCAUGGUGUUUACAAGCCCGGCAACGUCAAGCUCCACCCCGAGCUUCUCGGCAAGCACCAGGCUCACGUCAAGGAGGCCCUCAAGUCCGACAACGACAAGCCCGUCUUCUUCGUCUUCCACGGUGGCUCCGGCUCCUCCAAGAAGGAGUACCUCGACGCCAUUGGCUUCGGUGUUGUCAAGGUUAACGUCGACACUGAUAUGCAGUUCGCUUACUGCUCCGGUAUCCGAGACUACAUGAUCAACAAGCGCGAGUACGUCAACACCACCGUCGGCAACCCCGAUGGCGAGGACAAGCCCAACAAGAAGUACUUCGACCCCCGUGUCUGGGUCCGUGAGGGUGAGAAGACCAUGUCCAAGCGUGUUGCCGAGGCUCUCCAGGACUUCAACACUGCCAACCAGCUAUAAAUGUCGAUAAAAGACAAUAACUGGUUCUAAUGAUAUCCCAACUGCGACACAAUUCAUGAGUAUCGUUUGGAAAAGAAAAAGAGGGAUCUAGAAAAUGCCCUCACCUUAGUUCCGACACAACAUAGCAGUGUUUAGUUGCAGGGGCGUUACGAGGUGAUGAAAGUAGUAAAAUUAAUGAGGAAAAAAAAAUUGAUGACGCACAAACAGCCUGAGUGUCCUCUACUACAAUGUGUAUAUGUGAUUUAAACUAAAACCACUUUAGCUCGCUAAACUGAUAUAGGACCUUGCAUCAAUGGAAAUUCUGGAGGUGGAUGGAUGCGAAUUUAGAAAACAUGAAAAUCAUGUCAUUAGUCGUAGAACAUAUAUAGCCUGUUAAUUAUUAUACAAACCAACCGUUUGAAUUUCCCGUGGUUCGUCGCGGAAUGCCUCUUGUAUCAGAGAACAUUUGCCGAGCGCCGUGUAUUCUAACCCAUGUCCAUGCCCGCCUCUUUUGGUUUAACUUUGCACCUUUAUCUGCAUGAUCUCGGUGAUUGUGUAUUAUGCAGCUCACAAUUACCAUUUCCUGUUCCUAUUUCUCCUAUUGUUUUCAUAUCCUGUUUGGCGUGCCUAUCGACCAAGAAGCUCCUUCUCCAUCUGGGCUACAGCGUCCUCUGAGAGCUGCUGAGCAGCGCGAGCAUCGGCCUUGGUCUUGUCGAAUCGCCAGAGACCACCAGUCUUGUCAGCCUCUCCAUCAGUAGGUACACCAACGACCUUGCCGAGCUGUUCGAGGACAGAGUCUUGACCCUCAACAGCUGUGAAGUACUGGCGAUCCCAGGUUCGGCCCUCUGACUUCUCCUUGGUGCGCAUGUUGCGCUGGGCAUUCUCAAUUUUGCCCUUUUCAGCACCUGUGGUGUCCAUGUCACCCUUCUGGAUGGCAUCAGCAACGCGAGACCAGGCGCGUCGGGACUCGAGAGGGUGCUGUUGAUCGAUGGGGGCAACUUUGAGCUCAGUUUGAGCGGUGUUGACGGCGUCGUAGGUGCUCACAAGAGUAGACUUGGAGUUAGACUUGGCAGGUCCCGAGUAGAUCUCGAGGGCCUUGUUCCACUGGCCAGUGACAUUGUAAAGAACAUCCUUCUCCUUGCCCGUAGGAUAAACGCUGGCGACGAUGGUGUUCUUCUUUCCUGAGAGCCAUCCCUUGCCGCUAUAGUCAAUCUUGGCGGUGAAGCCACCGGAACUAGUGAUGUGACUUGAGCCAUCAAGCUCGACAAAAGGAGCACCAAAAAUGAGACCCUCGAUAUGAAGACCAGGGAGGGUAAUGAGGUAGGAUUCGAUCUCUCCAGAUGGAAGAGGAACUCGUAGGACAGCGUGGCCGAUCUGCUUGACAAUGAUGGUGCUCUUGAAAGUGGCCUUCUGAGCAUUGUAACCCUCAAGCUCGAUACCAGUCUUGUCGUUGCGAAUGCAAUAGGCGGUAGCAGGAGGAUGGUGGCUGACCUGCUCCGAGACAAGGGUGGUCUCGCCAGCUUCGUCGGACCAGGUACCGAGGAAAAGCUCACCCAAGAAAGGGUUCAGAGGCUUCUUUUCGUUUCCAAACUGCUCACUCCGGCUGGCGUACUGGUGCUUCAGAGUCGAGAGGAACCACUUGAGGACGAGCAUAGUACGCUUGGCGGGAUCAGACUCGGCAGCUGGGGCGGUCAGGACGGGAGGGUGCGUGGCCCAGUACGCAGAGAAUUCGGUGAGAGACUGAGAGGACAGGAUGAAGGGAGGCGCGGUGAGAGAAGAUAGAUCGCCAUUGAAGGAUGCGAUGGA